CGCAGACGGUACACAGGAAGUAGAAUUCAAGAGUCGGGUGAAAAAACGCUAGGGACGCAGUAGGGUCAAGCCCACUCCCGCGGUUACGUGCGCUUUCCGGGAGGCUGCAGUGUGAAUAUUUUGGGGCCUCCCUGGCCAGUUCCUUCUCCAGUAGAGGCAUUUUGCCCUUAGGCAGCUCUCACCUCUUUAUACAGAGUGUCCCCGGAACUAUGGCCGAAUACUCGUAUGUGAAGCCCACCAAACUGGUGCUCAAGGGAACCAAGGCUAAGAGUAAGAAAAAAAAGAGCAAAGAGAAGAAGAGAAAAAGAGAAGAAGAUGAAGAAACUCAACUUGAUAUUGUUGGAAUCUGGUGGACAGUAACAAACUUUGGUGAAAUAUCAGGAACCAUAGCAAUUGAAAUGGAUAAAGGAACCUACAUACAUGCACUUGACAAUGGACUUUUUACACUGGGAGCUCCACAUAAAGAAGUUGAUGAGGGCCCUAGUCCUCCAGAGCAGUUUACAGCUGUCAAAUUGUCUGAUUCCAGAAUUGCCCUGAAAUCUGGUUAUGGAAAAUACCUUGGUAUUAAUUCAGAUGGACUUGUUGUGGGGCGUUCAGAUGCAAUUGGACCAAGAGAACAAUGGGAACCAGUCUUUCAAGAUGGAAAAAUGGCUUUAUUGGCUUCAAAUAGCUGCUUUAUUAGAUGCAAUGAAGCAGGUGAUAUAGAAGCAAAAAGUAAAACAGCAGGAGAAGAAGAAAUGAUAAAGAUUAGAUCCUGUGCUGAAAGAGAAACUAAGAAAAAAGAUGAUAUUCCAGAAGAAGACAAAGGAAAUGUUAAACAGUGUGAAAUCAAUUAUGUAAAGAAAUUUCAGAGCUUCCAAGACCAUAAACUUAAAAUAAGUAAAGAAGACAGUAAAAUUCUCAAAAAGGCCCGGAAAGAUGGAUUUUUGCAUGAAACACUUCUGGACAGGUCUUGGCCCAUUCCAGAGAGCAGAACUAAUUACAGGUCCUGACAAUUGGGAAGAUACAGAUUAAAAAUAUGCACUGCCUGUCCUCAUGGAGUUUAUGCACUACUGAAGGAGGACAGCAAUAAAAAAUCACAGGUAACAGAUUAAGUGUUCCUUCCCCAUUUCUAUCAUUACACUUUACUCCAACCCCCAUUACAGCACUGAAGGCAGUCUGGCAGAAUGACAGGAGUCAACAAUAAAUACAUCUAAUUAUUGUCAUCUGGUCCACAUUUUUCUUCUUGUACAAAAGGAUGUCAUUAAAAACUUAAAGCACUGUCAAAAUCAAGAUAUAUUCUGAUCAAGCAUUCCCCUGAUUUACCAGUCCAGUAGCCAUGUCAAAAAAGGUUUUAUAUAUAAUAAAAACAAUAACCAAAGAAAAAGCUCCCUACAUCCAAUUUUUUUUGCCUGCUCACAUUUCAGAUUAGAUAAUUUCAAUUGUUCUUAUCUGCAAGUUCACUGACUCACUUUUUUACCGUCUCCAAAUUGCUGUUACACACAUCUGGUGAUUUUUAAAUUUCAGACAUCCUUUUUCACUUCUAGAAUCUAUUUGAUCCUAUUGUUGUUAAUAGUUUCUAUUUCUGCUGAAAUUUCCUAUCCAUUUCUUCCUUUGUUUUGGGGCAGAGUUAUAAUAACUGCUUAAAAAUCCUUGUCUGCUGAUUCCAACAUCUGGGUCAUCUUAGGGUCGGUCUCCACUGAUGGUCUUUUGAGUAUGUUUCUUCAUAUAUCUGAUUAGAUUAUAUCCUGGACAUGUGAAUAAUACAUUGUAGAAACUGUGCAUUCUGUGCUGUUGUUCUGAAGAAUUUUUAUUUGUUAGGUUUAGUAGGCAGUUAGCUUGGUUGAUCUGAAGCUCCAAAUUCUGUCUCCCCCAUGGUGGGCAACAGCUGUGAAGUAUCUAUUCAGUUCUUUUUGUUUUAGCUGGGCUUCUUAAAGCCAGCCCCAAGGAUGUGGAUUUCGGAGAUCAGUGAGAGAUUUGGGCAGUGUGGCUACCACCUUCUGUGACUCUCUCCUUUUCAGGAUUUCCUUCUCACUUUCCAGACUCUUUGGUCGCUCUGAACUCUGUACUCUGAUUCCUCGACUAAUUAAUGACUUAAGCUUCCUACAGGAGUUUUAAUUACUCUUAGUGGCACUUGGUCUGCCCUGAGUUGAAAAGAUGUUAAAAAUACGUUUCCCCUCUUACUAGUGUUAACUCCCCUCAAGUUUCUGCAUGUUUUUGGUCAUUCUCCAUUACCUUUAGAUAAUUUUUAAUGUUUUAUCCAAAGUUUAAUUUUGUGUGUGUGAGAGGGCUGGUCUAGCAUAAGCUGUGCCAUCUACCAUUAUCUGCUCAAACUCUCAUUAGUUUCUUGCCCUCUCCUCCCCAGUUAAGGACCUGCCUGGGUUUUCCUAGAUACAGACACAAAACUCUAACAUUCUCCAGAAAGAAGUUAACCAUUACAAUAAAUUAAUAUAUUCACACCUCUUGGGAUAGGCCUGAAUUCCAAAAAUGAACUCAUCAUACCUGAUGGCCCAGUACCUAUCCAAAUACCAUGCAAUUCCUGGGUCAGUCCCAGUCUAGAUGCCAGUCAGUCCAUGGCUUUAACUCACUAUUCUAGAGGAAUUAUAUUUUUUCAGUUAUUCUAAACCCUUAAGACACAGAAGAACAUAUUAAAACAUUCCAUAUUUCAUUAACCAAAUUAGUAAGAUAGGAUAGCUUUUAUAACAAGCAUUGUUAUAUGAUUGUUAUAUGUCAUGAUACUUUUUUAAAUGGCAUUGUCAUAAUAUUAGCUUGAGGGCCUUAAUACAGGUAACUUCCACUGUAAUUUUUUCAGGCUCACUCCUGUUGAAAUCCAUUUCAUUUAAUGAAAAGAUUAGAAACAAAACGUGGAAAAAAAAAAUUCUACAAUUGUAUUUCCCCUUUCCUUACCCACCUAUUGGCUUAGUUUAUUUUAAAGUGCAUAUUUCAUUAAGGGAACUUGAUGGUUGUUAAGGCAGGUUUUGCUGUAUGACAUUUCCUGUUUACCUCACCCCAGGAAAAUCUCUGACACAGUUUGGUGUAUUUCUGUUUAAUUUUAUGCCACUGGACUACUUCUCUUAAAUAUUGUUGAGGCUUAUUUUCUAUGAUGGAGAAACAAUAUGCCAUCUUUCCAUUUAGCUUUGUGUUUCAGUGCUGCCCUUGUAUUUAAUAAAGGAUAAAUUUUCAGAGAGCAUAGCCAGGACUUAAUAAAUUAAGAUCUGCAGGUGUUUAUUUUUCUUACCAUGUUUUGCAAAUCUAAUGAGGUUUUGCAGUCCUGUUCUGAGUGCUGCUAGUAGAGAAAAAGGGGUGUAGCACUACUUAUUAGGGUUUAUUUUUCCAUCAUGCAAUUUCCUAAUUCUGGUCCUUAGAAACUAAGUGAAACUGUAAGGAGGAGAACAAAGAAAACAAGGCACACCUCAUUACUCCUUUAAAAAGGUGAAAACCUAAAUAUAAGUGGAUGCCAAGGUAAGGAAUCAAGUCAUGACUUCUACUAGUUCCCUACCUACCACCUGACAAAAUUAAGUUGUACAGCUAGUCAAUCACCCAGGGAGAAAAACAGGCAAUGCUUUUAAGCUUCUAAUGUCUUAUUUAUUCUUUUUCUUUAUUAUUCUUUAUGUUUGUGUAAGUAUUAAUACCUAUUUUUUUAUUCUGCUGCCAAAUAUAUUCCACCAAGAGUUUGUUUUUUUGUUUUGUUUUUUAUUUUUAUUUUUUUUAAGAUUUUAUUUAUUUGACAGAGAAGGAGAGACAGCAAGAAAGGAAACACAAGCAGGGGGAGUGGGAGAGGGAUAAGCAGGCUUCCUGCCAAGCAGGGAGCCCGAUGGAGGGCUCGAUCCCAGGACCCUGGGAUCAUGACCUGAGCUAAAGGCAGAUGUUUAACAACUGAGCCACUCAGGCGCCCCCUGUUUGUUUUGUUUUUUAACUGGUAGCAGAAAAACCCCAGGGAUAUACCCAGGUUCAGGAGAACUUAAAAAAAUUAAGAUAAUAGUUUAACAGCCCGCCAGCAUUCAUUCAGCUUGAUAUUACCUGUGUAUAUAAAAUGACUUUCUCAAGUGUGGUGCUUAUUUAGGAAAGACCAGUGGACUUCAGACCAACCUAGGCUGUUCUACACAGCACCUCAACCCUAAAUCCUAAUUUAGAUCAGCUUGCACAGCAGCAGGAAUGUUUUUCAAUUUUCUGUUGUUGUGUAGAAAAAGAAUUUCCCUAUCUGUCUACAGAAACAGAACCUUCCUGCAUGUUCCCUUGUUCUCCAUUUUUAGUCCAAAAAUCCUCUCUAGAAGGCCUCCUACAUAUCCCAUCACUGCUGCUUCUACCUCUCCACCUGUGACUACCAGCUUUGGUUUUUGUGUUCCUUUUACUACUAUAACCUCAUCCCACACCAGUGUGCCCUUUCCAUAGUAUAGGAAAAUGGACAGAGAUUUAAGCAUUUAACAGAAUGCUUCUGAUCUUCUUCCACACUGAAUUCAGCUCUCAUUCCAGUGCAUCCAGAGUUGGAGAAUUACACACCAUGGCCCCAGUACCAGUUUUGAAACUUGUCAUUAACCCCACCCUCAGCUCAGGCUUUGAAGCACCACAUACCAUCCAUACCCAUUACCACUGCAGCUCUGCACUGCGCUUCAUCAGUGUCCUGACCCCCCUGAAAUCUGGCUCGUAGUCCUGUCUUCAUGGAGUCUCCCAUCUUGGUUUCAUUGACUCCAGCAUUCACACUGUUGUGACCUUCCUUUCAUCUGCCUUAAAAAAUUCUGUCCUCUCAGCUCAGCUGAUCUUUUACUCCAUCUUAAAUUACUCCACCCAGACCAGCUGGGUUAAACGUGCUUUUUGCUCCAGUGUCUUCCAAGAUUGGAAACCCUGGUGUCUAUCUCUGGAUGACCCUCCAAGAGCAUCCCUUUACCCAGUGCACUUUUCAUUUAAAAUGUUUUGAAAUAUACUCUCUCAGUUCCAAGCCCUCUCUGUUAUUAAUAGAUUUAAUUUUCUUGUAGCUUUAUUUCUAAAUCUAAUAAAGUAUUCUUUUUAAUACAUUAUAUUAUUUACUAGUUACUGCAUUCAUAGAACAUAAAGUAUCAUUUCCCAAUUCAAUACUAACAUUUUCCUAUAUAACAAAUACAUUAGCUCUAAGAAAUUCCACAUCUUGGGGCACCUGGGUGGCUCAGUCAUUAAGCGUCUGCCUUCGGCUCAGGUCAUAGUCCCGGGGUCCUGGGGUCCUGGGAUCAAGCCCCGCAUCGGGCUCCCCACUCGGCGGGAUGCCUGCUUCUCCCUCUCCCACUCCCCCUGCUUGUAUUCCCUCUCUCACUGUGUCUCUCUCAAAUAAAUAAAAUCUUUAAAAAAAAAAAAAAUUCCGGGCGCCUGGGUGGCUCAGAUGGUUAGGCGUCUGCCUUCGGCUCAGGUCAUGAUCUCAGGGUCCUGGGAUCGAGUCCCGCAUCGGGUUCCCUGCUCAGUGUAGAGCCUGCUUCUCCCUCUCCCUCUGCCACUCCCUCUGCUUGUGCUCUUCUGUCUAUCUCUCUGUCAAAUAAAUAAAUAAAAUCUUAAAAAAAAAAAAUUCCACAUCUUGCCCAGUUCCAACAGUAAACAGGAUCCAAAGUUUUCUCUUCAAUAUUAGAAAAUAACUGAUCAAUUUGCCAUGUGGUGUAAAUAAGAACUGAAAGAUGAAAAGUCAUCUUACAUGUCUUAAGAACACAUUCACUAUUCUUUCUUCUCCUCCCACCCCCAUUGUUGCAACUUCUACCCAGGAGUUGAGGGGAAUGGGGUGCUGAUAUACCGACCAUUUAACUACAGAGUCAAACUAACAAGUACUAAAUGCACUGACUUCUUUCUUUGUUCUUUUCUCUCUUUUUCCUGGGAUUUUUCACCUCACUCAUUUUAAACCCAAGGCAAGUGGGGGAGUGUGACCUUGAUUUUACAAAACCAGGGCUUCUACUUUCAGUAGUGUGACAGCUUAGAUACUGUGAAUGGUACUCCUUAAAAAACAACUGAUACACUGGAUAAAAUAUUUGCAAAUAUCUUUUGAAAUAUCACUCAUCCACAUAAAAGAAAGGAAUCUAUAGAUACCAAACAAAGGGAAAGCAGGAACGUCCGAGGCCAAUGAGUACCAAGCUCACUCUCACCUAAAAGUUUUUGCCAAAUCCCAGAGACUUUGAGGUCUGGCUUCGAAAGGAGCCCAAGAAAUGGGAUGUAGGAGACUGUAUUCAUAUGAGUGACUACAAAGGGCUAUACCUUCAAGGAUAACAGUGAAUGAGAAAUAAAUCUUAUUGCACAAACAGGGGUACAAAGAAAUGUUUUCUUUUCUUUGGCACUAAGUAGAAUGGAAGGAAAAAGAAUCUUCCCCUGAGAUGUAACCAUAAGCUGGCUUCAGAUGGGUUUGUGACUCAAAGUCACACUACCUCUUAUUUUAAAAGAAAAAAAUUCAAGGAGAUAAUUCAACUUCAAAUGGUCUCAGUUGGGGUGCCUGGGUGGCUCAGUUGGUUAAGUGACUGCCUUCGGCUCAGGUCAUGAUCCUGGAGUCCCGAGAUCGAGUACCGCAUCGGGCUCCCUGCUCUGCGGGGAGUCUGCUUCUCCCUCUGACCCUCCUCCCUCUCAUUCUCUCUCUCGCAAAUAAAUAAAAUCUUAAAAAAAAAAAAAAAGGUCUCAGUUGGUUCUCUUUUUCUGACCUUAAAAUAAAUCCUACCAAAAAAAUUUUUUCAAAGAAAAUAAGCAGCUCACAGUCGAAAUUAAAAAUACAGAGAAAUAAAAAAAUUUAAAAAAAAAUAGAGAAACACAAUACCAUCAGAACAAUGAGAAACAAGUAGAAAAAUUUAAAAAUACCAAAUGUAGAAUAUAAACUAUACUUAUAUAAAACUCCAGAAUAUAGGCAGGAACUACAACAUAAUAAAAAGACCAAGCAGGGUGCCUGAGUGGCUCAUUCGAUUAAGCGUCUGCCUUCAGGUCAGGUUGUGAUCCCAGGGUCCUGGGAUCAACUCCCACAUUGGGCUCCCUGCUCUGAGGGGAGCCUGCUUCUCCCUCUGCCUCUGCCUCUCUCUCUCUGUCUCUCAUGAAUAAAUAAAAUCUUAAAAAAAAAAGACCAAGCAGAUAUGAAAGAAAAAAAAUAACUUCAAAAAAUAAAAAGCAAUUAAAAAUUCAGCGGGUGCAUUAAACAUCAAACAAAGCCAGAGAGAAUUAAUAAACUAGAAUAUAACUGAGUAAGUGGCCCCAAGGACAGUUUACAGAGACAAGGAGAUGGGCUAUAUGAUGAAAUAAAGGUCAAGAGAGACACAGAACAUGAUGAUGGAAAUGUCUAAUAUAUGUCCGAUUGAAGUAUAAAAAGAAGGUAACAGAAUGGAAAAGAGGUAAUAAAGGUAAUGAGUGAGAAUUUUUGAGACCUCAGAUCUUGGAAUCCCAGUGAAUCCCAAGCAUAAUAAAUAUAGACACUUCAACACAUCAUGGUGAAACUGCAGAACUACACAGAAAAACGUUUCAUCUUAAAAACAGCUAGAAAAUAAAAGUAAUCACCCAAACAUCUGUCAAUUCAGCAGACUGCUGGCUUCUCACCAGCAGAUAGGAAGCCAAAAGACAGCAGAAGAGUAUCUUCCAUGAGCUGAGACAAAUAAUUGUCAACCUAGAAAGUUUCUUCCAAUAGUAAGGCAAAAAAAAAAAAAACUAAAGCAAAAUAAAGAUACUUUAGAGAUGAAAAUUGAGAGGAUUUAUCACCAAUAGAUCAUUAAAAGAAAUUACAACAGAGAAAGUCUAGGCAGAAGGAAAAUUAUCCCAGAAGGAAGGUCAGAGAUGUGAAAAGAAAUGUCAAGCAAAGAUAUCAAAGAUAAUAAUGGGUAAACUAAGCAAAACUGUAUUAAAAAAAAUACUUAAUUUGUAAAAGGGAUGUUAAAACUAAGUAUUAGGCAAAAAUAGCAUGCUGUUGACAGUGAGAGGGAGACUGGACAAACUAUUAUAAGAUCUUAGAUUUGUUCAAGAGGAGAGGGAAAAAAAUGUUAACUUUGUUAAGUAGGCAAAUUAAAAUACUUAGGGUACUGGGCACCUGGGUGGCUCAGUUGUUAAGCGUCUGCCUUCGGCUCAGGUCAUGAUCCCAGGGUCCUGGGAUUGAGCCCUGCAUGGGGCUCCCUGCUCUGCGGGAAGCCUGCUUCUCCCUCUCCCACUCCCCCUGCUUAUGUUCCUGCUCUCGCUAUCUCUCUGUCAAAUAAAUAAAAUCUUAAAAAAAAAAAUAAAAAACUUAGGGUAACUAGUGAAAGAAGAGACAAAGACCAUAUAUUCUCCAACAAAAAGAGGGGAAAAAAUAAUCCAAAAGAAAUUUAAAAAGGAAAGAAAGGGAUGCCUGGGUGGCUCAGUUGGUUAAGCAUCUGCCUUUGGCUCAGGUCAUGCUCUCAGGGUCCUGGAAUCAAGACCCACAUUGGGCUCCUUGCUCAGCAGGAAGCCUGCUUCUCCCCCAGCUUGUGCUCACAUGCUCUCUCUCUCUAACAAAUAGAUAAAAUCUUUUAAAAAAAAAAAAAGGAAAAGAAAUUUAAAAAGGAAAAGAAAAAUAGGUGGAAAGCAUAUAAUAUCAGAAAUCAAUGUAAAAAUAUUAGUCAUCAAAAUGUAAAUUUGCCAAGCACUCCAAAAUUUUUCCAUCACAUUUUUUUAUUUUAUUUCAUCUUAUUAAAGAUUUAUUUAUUUGAGAGAGAGUGCGUGCAUAUGCACAUGUGAGUGGGGGAGGGGCAGAGGGAGAGAAUCUGCAAGCCAACUCCUUGCUGAGUGCGGAGCCCAAUGCAGGGACCCAGCCUCAUAACCCAUGAGAUCAUGACCUGAACUGAAACCAAGAGCCAGGCGCUUAACUGACUAAGCCACCCACGUGCCCCCUCAAUCGUAUUUUUAAACACCAAGCAAAAAUUGUUUAAAGACACAUAAGAAUUCAGAAAAAUCAAUGAACGGAGAAAAGGUAUUUUAACAAAAAAAAAUUACAGCUAUGUUAAUUACAAAUUCAAAAGAAGUUACUAUAUAAAUCAGGUUACUAUAUAAUGAUAAAAAGUCAUUUCACUUUGAAGAUAAAACAAUUCUAAACUUGUACACAUCUAAUAACAUCAAAAUAUACAAGCAAAAAUUGAGAACUAUGUAGAGAAACUGGAAAAUCUACCAUAGCAUAUAGCUCUAAAUAUUUAAUAAAUUGAGCAGACAAAACUCAGAAUUGAAUGGCAUAAUCAUAAAAUAUAAACUUCAGGAUAUGUGAAUAACACUUUACAUAAGAGAACUGAUACUCUUUCAGACAUUUGGUACAUGCAAAAACUGGAUUCCUACUUAGCCAUAAAGUUAGAGUCCAAAAAUUAAAAAAAAGGAACAAAGACCAUAUAUUCUGCAAAAUGCAGUGAAUCAUUUAGAAACCC